AUGGCCGAGAUACCAAUUUCGAUCGUCUUGGUGGGGGACACCAGAUGCGGCAAGACGACCUUCAUCUCCCGGGUGAGCUCCAAGGAUAAGACGGGCGACUUUACGAUUUUAAGGGAUAUAGAUCAACCCUUCAUCUUUGAGGUUAACCGGGGGCCAUAUCGGUUCCGGCUAGAGUUCCGUGACUCGUCGGGCCCGGACAAUUGGAAGACGCUGGAUCCGGACGUUGUCGUUCUCUGCUACGACAUAAGCCAGAGAUUGAGUCUCAUUAACAUGAAGCGAUUUUGGAUCACGGAUGUCAAGAUGACCUUUGCCAACAGAGACACCGUUCCCUUCCUCAUCCUCGGCCUCAAGAGGGACCUGCGCUCAGAAGACGAUCCCAACGGCAUCAUCUACCCACAAGAGGGGUACAGGGUUGCCCAGGAGCUAAGGGCUGACAAGUACAUGGAGUGCUCUGCCGUAACUGGAGAACUGGUGGGCCUCGCGUUCGAGGAGAUCUGCAAGACGGCGCUCAUGACGAGGACGACGGAAGGCGGGCAGAGCGAAGGGGGAUGCUGCAUAUUAUAA